AAAAAGAAAACCUUGUGAUCACAUUGAGGAAGAAGUAGAUUGUGGCUGCAAUGGCUUCCUCGACCGCGAGUUUCCUGGCCAUGGUCGCCAUGGCGUGCGCUCUGCUGGCAGCCAGCAGCAGCAGCACGUGCUACGCCGCUCGCAUGCUGGCCGACACGCCCGCGGCGGCUGCGCCUCCCGCUUCCGCCGUCCCUGGCCUCCCCGCCGUGCCUACCGCUCUGCCGCCCAUGCCGGCCGUGCCGCAGGCGACGCUGCCGCCGAUGCCCGCCAUCCCCGCCGUGCCGCCCAAGGUGGCCCUGCCGCCGAUGCCCGCCGCGCCAGCGGUUGUCCCCAACGCCGCGCUGCCGCCGAUGCCCGCCGUCCCCGCCGUGCCCAAGGUGCCGUCGUCGUUGCCGCCGAUCCCCGCCGUGCCCGCGGUGACGCUGCCGCCGAUGCCCGCCGGCAUCCCCGCCGUGCCGAAGGUGACGCUGCCGCCGAUGCCAUCCAUCCCGACCGUGAAUGUGCCCAUGCCGUUCCUGGCGCCGCCUCCGUCGGCGUAGGUGCGCUCGACGCUCGCCAUGCCCACGGUGGCGGCGCCCGGCGGUGCCGAGGUUUCCCGUAGGCAAAAAAUGAGAAUUUUUUCACGUCAAAUUUCUCGCCGUGUUCAUGCGAGAGUGUACAUGUGGAUUGCAUAUUUCAGUUGUAUUGUAUGUGAUGUUUUCUGCUGCUUGUUACUUCCUCCCUUUCA